UUUACAUCUUUUCCAAUAAAGCUAAAAAUCUAGUGCCAAGAAAAACCCCAUCAGUUACUUACUAUGAAGGAAUCUCCAGGUACAUGGAAGGGCAAGUUCUUCAUCUUCAGAAGCAAAUUGAACAACAGUUUGAGAUUGCCCAGGACAGUGGAGUUGCACUGCUCAAGAACUUGGAGAGUCUGGUGGCUCAAAAUACCACUGGCCCUGUCUUUUACCCAAGGCUCUACCACCUGAUGGCCUACGUUAGUAUACUAAUGGGACAUGGGCAGAACUGUGACAUGUUCCUGGACAAAGCCUUGCAGUUGUCUGAAAAACAGGGGAAUGUGCUGGAGAAAUGUUGGCUGAACAUGAGCAAAGAAUGGUGGCGCUCAAGCUUCAAGUUAACAGAAAACCAAUGGCUUCAAACAAUCUCGAGUCUCCCAUUAUGGGAAAAAGUUGUAUCAGGCAAGGUAAACAUUCAGGAUGUUCAAAAAAACAAAUUCCAGAUGAGAGUUAAUACCUUAGACAAUCCUUCCUAACAUUUCAUGAAAAAAACAAAGACUUUAGUAAGAACCAUGCCCAAAUUAUCCAUUUGGGCUUUCUGUGUGGCCAAACCCUAUAGGGCACCUAUCUUCAUUUUCUGUUCUAGACAAAAAAACCAGACAUAUUAUUUUCUUCUCUUUCUGGACAGUCAAAAGGGAUCAGCAAUGUCAUGCUUUAUAUUCUCCCAACUGUAUAAAUUGCCUGUUGUUUUAAUUUCAUGUUGUUUUAGCUUGACCUGUUUAUUUUAGCCAAUGUAAAAUUGUAUCAUAUGAGAAAAUAUUAAUCUCAAGAUGGAAAAACAUCUUGUGUUGUGACACACACAGUUCUAGUUAGUGUAUUAAACUGAAAAUGUUUAUUUCUAGAUGUCCAGUUGUUAAGUCUUUUUGAAGUAGCACGAUAUUACAAAUAGUAAACUUUUAUCAUGCUCUAUAUGGACAAGAUUUGAAAAGAUGCAUUUCUGUCAGGCCCAAAUGUCCUGGCUCCUCUAACCACAUGUAUCAAAUAUCUGUGGAAAUAAAUGUUUAAAAACUGAA